UUCACAAUCGGACGUAAGGUAGUAUUCUCUGACUGAACAGAAUGUGUAUAGAGAUUAUUCAUUGUGAGAUCAAUUAUUAUUAAGCAGGUUAUGAUAUGGGGCAUAGAAGCUAUAAUACUUAAUGCUUGUUGGAGAAGUACUAUGUCCGAGCUGAGUAAGCUGCAAAAAUAACACCGAGUUUUGAUCUGCGGCUGAACACUAGUGUGGAUAAUUUUUGCAUUUACCGAAGAACGUUAAAUACUCAAAGAAUUCACCAUAAAUUGAGUUUUCAAAUUAUCUUUAAUUAAUUAAAGUUAUAGUUAAAGUAAGUAUAAGAAAUCAAACACUAAUACAAUGGCUAUUACUGCAUUUGUCACAGGCGCUACUGGUUUCAUUGCUCAACAUAUUGUUUUGCAACUCCUUCAAGAUGGUUAUAGAGUUAUUGGCUCUGUCAGAUCCAUAGAAAAAGGAGAAAGUCUUGUAAAGAUUUUUUCUAAUAAUAACUUCACAUAUGAAGUUAUUGAAUCUUUUGAAAAAGCGGGUGCGAUCGAUGAAGCCUUGAAGAAACAUCCAGAAGUUACUAUCUUCUUGCAUACUGCAUCACCAGUUGUUAUUGGUUCUGGAGUUGAGAAUAUUGAAAAAGACAUUUUAGUUCCUGCUAUUCAGGGUACCGAAUUUGUACUUAGAUCUAUCAAACAAUUUUCUCCACAAAUUGAAAGAUUCGUUUUCACUAGUUCAAUUGUUGCUACUGCUACUGUAGCAGAAGUUACCAGUACAGAUUUUAAAGGGGGUGAAAGCACUUGGAAUAGUCUCACUUAUGAACAAUCAAAGGACGAUCCAUUAUCGGCAUAUUGUGGAGCAAAGAAAUUUGCAGAGAAGGCUGUAUUUGAAUUUGUUGAAAAAGAAAAUGCCAACUUCACAGUUUCUAGUAUUAUUCCUGUCUUUGUUUUUGGUACCCUCAAUCGAUACUUGAGGACCAAAAACAUGAAUGAAUCGGCCAAAAUUGUUUCAAAUAUUUUGGAUUUAGAACCAAAUCAGGAUGUUCCACAGUUCCAGGGUAACUUUAUAGAUGUUAGAGAUGUGGCACAAGCUCAUAUCAGAGCUUUCAAAUCACCAGAAGCCCAGGGAAAGAGAUUUGUCCUUGGAUCAAGAUAUUUCAACAAUCAACUACUUUUAGAUAUCGUUAGGAAAAACUUUCCUCAAAUUAGUUCUAAGUUACCCAUCGGAGUUCCCAUUUCGACUGAUUCUACAUAUAAAUGGUCGGUAGAUGAUAGAAAUGCAAGAAAUAUUUUGGGAUUAGAAUAUGUAACUCUUGAAAAGUCAAUAGUUGAUUCAAUCAAUCAACUUUCCAAAAGCCAUCCUAAAUUUCAGGAAUAAGACUAUCCAAGAUAUUUUAAGAUAUAUUAAAUAAAAUAAUAGUACUACAAUUUAAAAAAAUCAAAAAAAAUGAGGCAACUUGCUUGCUCUAAUUAACUUUAUUGUCUUCUUCAUGAGAACUCCUUAAUGAGAUCUUAAAUCUGAUUACUUCUUUUUACUUUUCUACAUUGUUUCCAUAUCUCUCUC